CAAUCAACAUUGAUGUAUCAAAAAAUCAAUCGCGACAUCAAACUUGCUGCUGUCGAUCUCUAUGAGUGUCAACACCUUUCUCUUCAGAACAUUCUCACUUGUGUUGGAUUCUCAGAAAGUACAUUCUGGCAUGUCCUUAAACUUUGGCGCGAGACAGCCAACAUUUACAAACACACUAUGAGAGUAUUCAAUGGUCAAUGAACUUCAAACAAUUGUACUUUCCUUGGGCUUGG